AAGCGUGUUUCGCUCCCUUUCCCUUGAGGGAGUGGGGAGGGAAUAUGACUCUUUUCGCCCAGGGCCGUGGACUCGCGGCUUGUGGCUCCCAAGUUAGGGAGUGAGGGGAUCGCCCGCCGAGGGGGUGGCUCCGCAGCCCGGCUGCGCGAGACGCUUCCCGCUCGGGGACUCGCCUUCCGAGGCCGGGUGAACGUUACCGGCCCCCUGACCUCCAGCAGAUCCACACGUUUGCUGGAGACUGAACCAUUGCAAGGAACAGACGAAGAUGCAGUAGCCAGUGCUGACUUCUCUAGCAUGCUCUCUGAGGAGGAAAAGGAAGAGUUAAAAGCAGAGUUAGUUCAGUUAGAAGACGAAAUUACAACACUACGACAAGUUUUGUCAGCGAAAGAAAGGCAUCUAGUUGAGAUAAAACAAAAACUCGGCAUGAACCUGAUGAAUGAAUUAAAACAGAACUUCAGCAAAAGCUGGCAUGACAUGCAGACUACCACUGCCUACAAGAAAACACAUGAAACCCUGAGUCACGCAGGGCAGAAGGCAACUGCAGCUUUCAGCAACGUUGGAACGGCCAUCAGCAAGAAGUUCGGAGACAUGAGGUCUCACUCCAUCGGUUACUCCAUUCGCCAUUCCAUAAGUAUGCCUGCUAUGAGGAAUUCUCCUACUUUCAAAUCAUUUGAGGAGAGGGUUGAGACAACUGUCACAAGCCUCAAGACGAAAGUAGGCGGUACGAACCCUAAUGGAGGCAGUUUUGAGGAGGUCCUCAGCUCCACGGCCCAUGCCAGUGCCCAGAGCUUGGCAGGAGGCUCCCGGCGGACCAAGGAGGAGGAGCUGCAGUGCUAAGUCCAGCCAGCGUGCGGCUGCAUCCAGAAACCGGCCACUACCCAGCCCAUCUCUGCCUGUGCUUAUCCAGAUAAGAAGACCAAAAUCCCGCUGGGAAAAACCCAGGCCUUGACAUUGUUAUUCAAAUGGCCCCUCCAGAAAGUUUAAUGAUUUCCAUUUGUAUUUGUGUUGAUGAUGGACCACUUGACCAUCACAUUUCAGUAUUCAUAGAUGACUGUCACAUUUUAAAAUGUUCCCACUUGAGCAGGUACACAACUGGUCAUAAUUCCUGUCUGUGUAAUUCGAUGUAUAUUUUUCCAAACAUGUAGCUAUUGUUUGCUUUGAUUUUUGCUUGGCCUCCUUUAUGAUGUGCAUGUCCUUGAAGGCUGAAUGAACAGUCCCUUUCAGUUCAGCAGAUCAACAGGAUGGAGCUCUUCAUGACUGUCUCCAGCAAUAGGAUGAUUUACUAUAAAUUUCAUCCAACUACUUGUGAUCUCUCUCACCUACAUCAAUUAUGUAUGUUAAUUUCAGCAAUUAAAAGAAUUGAUUUUAA